AUGUUAACUGAAGCUACAAUAGCCAGACGUUUCAUUACACAUGCACCUCCAGGAGAAUUUAACGAAGUAUUUAAUGAUGUUCGUACAUUGUUGAAUGAUGAUGCUCUUGUUCGAAAGUCUGUUUCAAAAGCCUUUGCUGAAUAUAAUAAGGAUCAAUAUAUUCCAACAAAAAUUCAAAAUAGUGAUGAAGAAUGUCUGAUAACAGAAGUCACUGAUCAAGGUGAUGGACGAUUUUUUGAUCCGAGAACGAGACAAACAUUCAAAUUUGAUCAUUUACGUCGUGAAGCAUCAGAAUAUCAACCACAUCAACCGGAUGAACAAUCGGAAUCAUGGCGUUUAGCAUUUGAAAAAGAAUUAACAGAUUACGUUAAAGAGCGUUAUCCAUAUGGUGCUUGUACAAUUGUUGGUGCAAGUGAUGGAGAUACAAUAUCAUUAGCUGCAUUUAUUGAAAGUCAUAAAUAUGAACCGAAAAAUUUUUGGAAUGGUCGUUGGAGAUCACAUUGGUCGUUAAGUUUUAGUAAAGGACAAUCAGAAUGUGAAUUAAAAGGGCUUGUUAAAGCUCAAGUUCAUUAUUACGAAGAUGGUAACGUUCAAUUAGUUAGUAGCAAAGAUUUCAAUGAGUCGAUCAGUAUACAGGAUGAACAUACAAUGAGUAAAGAAAUAAUUAAAAUUAUAAAACAAGCUGAGGAUAAUUAUCAGAUGAAUGGUGAAGCACUUGUGUUUGAUACAUAUUUGGACAAUAUUCUUCGACAAUUAGAAACAUCGGAUGGUACUCAAUUGACAUCAUGUGUUCGAUCUGUUUUUGUUAAAAAUGAUUCAAAUGAAUUUUUACGAAAGUUAGAUGAUCGUAUUAAAUAUUAUGAUUUAGAAAUUGAAAAAUUAUGUAAUUUUCAAUAUCAAAAUUUUGUAAAAGCAUUUCAUGAAUUAUUACAAGUACGAAAGGAUACAACAAGUAUGAAGAAUGAACUUGUUAAAAAUAAUCAAAUGAUGCAAUUAGCGGGUAGAAGUUUAGCUGAGAAAACCGAAUCACUUAUUAAACAAUAUAAUCGACAGAGUAAUAUUCAACAAACAAUAGAAGCAUUAUCUCAAGCAUUUCCGGUAUUUGAAACAUAUCGAAAACUUCAAGAGUGUAUGGAAGAGAAAAAAUUAUAUCCAGCUUUAAAACUUCUUGAACAAUUAGAAACAAAACAUUUGGUUCUUGUUAAAGAACAUCGUUGGUCUGAACUUAUCCAACAAAAUAUAGCAAAAUUUCGUAGUGAUAUUAGAAAUGAAUCUCAUAAUGAAUUAAAAAAUUUUUUAGAAAAUGUUGCCACACAUGCUGAUAAAAUUGGUAAAAGUGCUUUUGCACAAGCGUCUGUUCGUUUAAGUAUUGAUAAACGUUAUUACAUGUUAGAUGAAGAUAGACGACGAGAACAACAACAAGCACAACAAUUAAAUGGAACGAAUGAUUCAACAAUAAUCGAUACUAAUAUAACAGAAUUAAUUGAUUUUUCACCAAUAUACAAAAGUUUACAUAUUAAUUUAUUUUUAAAUUUAAAAGAUGAAUUUUCAAAACAUUAUCAACGUGAAAAACGAAAACAAGCACCAGUUAUUAUGGAUACACCACCAAAAAUACAUGAAUCAUUUGAUGCAUUUAAAAAAUAUUUACAACGUGUAACCGGAUUUUUUAUUGUUGAAGAUCAUGUAAUGAAUACCACAGAUGGUCUCAUUGAUCAACGUUUUUAUUAUGAUCUUUGUGAAAAAGCAACACAACAAUUGUUGACUGUUUUAAGAUUGGCUGUGUCAAAAUCUUAUAAUCCCGAACUAAUGUUGGACAUGAAAGUUGUUGUAGUUUUGUUUUGUGCAGCUAUUAAAGAAUCUGGUUUUCCUGUGACACCAUUAUUAGAUGUUAUUAUGGAAUUGCGAGACAGUUAUCAUCAAUUAUUAUUAACACAAUGGGGACAACGAUGUCGAGAUACGCUAACAAAAGAUAAUUAUACCCCAUUGUUAAUUGAAGAUGAAGAAAAAUAUCAGAGAUUAUUACGGCAAUUUCCAAUGAGAAUUGAAGCAACUGAGAAGAUGCCAUUUCCAAGAUCUUUACCAUACAGUGAAUCCGUACCAAAUUUAUUUUCAGAAAUUAAAGAGUUUGCAUUUGUCUGUUCAAAGUUUGCCGAAGGUUUAAAUAUUAGUAAAACAGAAGUAGACGAUAUGAUUCGAAAACCAACAAAUUUACUCUUAACAAAAACAUUGAAAACUUGUCUGGUCGAAUUAACAGAAUCAAAUUCUGAAUCUCAGUUAAAUUUUUCACAACUCGUUCAAAUAUGCAUAAAUACAUUACAUUUGGAAAAUUCGAUGCCAUUUCUUGAUGAUUACAUUGUUGCUUUAGUACAUGGAAAUGUCAAACAAAUUGGAUUACGAUUACAAGGUCCAUCAAUGCUCAAAGACAUAAGAAGUCUUGUGGAAGAUCGUAUAUAUGAUAAAUUAAACGAUAAAAUUGAUCAAUGUCUUGAUAUAGCUUCAUACGACUGGAUGAUGCCAGAAGCUGCGGGGGUUGCAAGUGAUUACAUUCAAACUACAAUACAAUUUCUUAAACAUACAUUCCGAGCAUUCACACACUUACCCGCUCAAUUAUCUCAGACAACAUGUUUGUCCGCAUGCAAACAUAUAUCAACAUCACUAAUGAAUAUUUUACUUAGUCAAGAUGUCAAAGCAAUAUCGCCUGGUGCUUUACAACAAUUUUCUCUUGAUCUUAUCCAAUGUGAAGUUUUUGCUUCCUGCAUUCAAAUUCCGAAUUUAGACAGUGAAACGUUAUUACUGUGUUUUCAAGAUUUACGACAGUUACUUGAUCUAAUUAUGAAUAAAGAGUGGAAUGCAUAUUUUCUCGAUUUUGGAAAAGAAGAUGCUCAAUUUGCACGUGUUACUCCUCAAGCAGCAUUAAUCGUCGUAGAAAAAAUACGAGAAGGUUUAAAACGUGCAAGACCAUUUUUUAGUCGUCGUCAACAACCAGAAAAAGAUGAUAAAAAACUACUUGAUCAAGUGGCAAAAGAUUUACGUAAUCUAAUUAAUGAUAGAGCAAAUUCAUAA